UUUUAUCUCUCAUUCAUAUGAAAAUAAAUAUGAGUUUUGAAAAAUGUAAAACGGGUUCUAUAAACUAUAAACGUAAUGCUAUUAUACUUUCUUAAUUUUCAAGCAUUUUUGUUUCACGUUUCAAUUUAAUUUAUCUUACGUUUAUAGACUUGAUUUGAUCUUAGUAAAUUUAUCAAAUCUAUGUUUUUCCGCCCUUAUUUUCACUCUUGCUAGAAAUAUCAAGAAUGAGAACCUUUAAUCGCCACCGUCCUAAAAAAAUCAACCAAUAAUAUCUUAUUUACAUUUUUGUUUGUGAAAAAAAAUAAACACCAAGUGAAAUUAAAAUAGAACAUUAAUGGAUUUAAAUCGAUAAAACUAACAAUAAAUCGCUCAAUUUUAAUUAAAUAAGUUCUAUUUUUUUGGUUAAGGAGAUUACAUCGAUAGACUCUCGAUUUCAAUGGUUUUAACUGUAGGUUUUAUUUUUUUUUUUAAAUUUUUUAGAUCCGAAUUGAUAAAAAAGUGGAAAUUCAAAUAUUAAGUAUUUAAAAUAAAUAAAACAUUAUUAAUUUCCUCACCCUUAGCCGUCAGCUCUUCUAUCUUUUUAUUCGUUUUUUUACUGAAACCUUAAAAUCCCUAAUUUCCUAACACAACCCCCUCUCAGCCUCUCUGCCGCUCGUUGCUCGAUCUCCCCUCUCCUCACAGCACACCCGUCUCUCCAGUCCUGUCGCCUCUCACGUCUUACCUCGAAGCAACCUUCAUUUCACCCCAAUUUUACUUCAAAUCAGUAUUCUUUCUCAUCUUGGCUUCUUUCCUCCAACUCUGAAAUUAUUUUUGAUCUCCUCUGAUUAUCUCCUCCAAAUCGGUUUCUCUUCUCCGAAUAGAUACUCUCUCAUCUCGGUUCGCUGCUUGUAUCCUCCAACUUUUAAGAAUCUCACGCUAAGACAGAAACAAAUAGGGAAAAAAAAAAAAAGAAAGAAGCCAGCAUUGCUGCAAAAACUAUAAGGGCAUGGCCUCAACCGAGAGCUCCAGAUCUUCAACUGCUGGGUCUCCUGAUUCAUACAUAGGUAGCUUGAUAAGCUUGACUUCCAAGUCUGAAAUCAGAUAUGAAGGUGUUCUCUUUAACAUCAACACUGAAGAAUCCAGCAUUGGUUUGAGAAAUGUAAGGUCAUUUGGAACAGAAGGCCGGAAAAAAGAUGGUCCACAAGUUCCAGCAAGUGAUAAAAUUUAUGAGUACAUACUCUUCCGUGGAAGUGACAUCAAGGACUUGCAGGUUAAAUCUUCUCCUCCAGUUGUGACCCCAGCCCCUGUACACAAUGAUCCAGCUAUUAUACAGUCUCAUUAUCCCCAGUCAGCAAUUGCAUCCACUGGCUUGCCUUCUUCUGGUACUGGAUCUAUGCAAGAUCCAGGUUCCCAAACUUCAUCUGUUGGACUUGCUGGGCCAACAUAUGUAGGCAGUCUUCCAUUAUAUCGACCUGGUGCAAGUUUAGGGCCAUGGGGUUCAUCAACUGCUACAGCCGCAAAUGGUGGGCUUUCCAUGCCAAUGUACUGGCAAGGUUACUAUGGGUCCACAUAUGGUCUUCCUCCACAGCAGCAACCUUUGCUUCGACCCCCACCUGGCUUGUCAAUGCCACCUACUAUGAUGCACUCUAUGCAAUAUCCAGCCAUGAAUGUGUCAUUACCUACUGCAGCUUCUAACAUGCCAGCUUCUCAGUUGUCUGAAAAUAUUCCCCCUUUGCUGCCACCCUUUGGUACUGGCCCCCUGAAUUUGCAAUCUUCUGUGCUUCCAAUGCAGUCUUCCACAGUACUUUCAGACUCAUCAGCUAGUCUGAAUCCAGAUAGUGCUUCUGCUUCGACUCUUCCUACUGCAGCUCCAAGUACUAGCUUGCCAUUGGUAUCUCCAUUGAGUUCUGCUUUAGAUAAAAGUGCUGUCAUGUUGUCUCUUUCUGACAAACCUAAGACAGUCUCUGAUCCCACAAUGCCAGUCAAAGGCAUGUCUGAUUCUGCUUCCUCCAACAUGGGGACAACAACUGCAAUUUUGAAUGAUGGAAUGCUUCCUUCUUUAAUAACCCCAGGCCAGCUUUUACAAUCUGGAGUAGUCACAGCAUCUUCAUCUAUAUCUUCACAUAUAGCUCAGAAAGAUGUGGAGGUUGUGCAUGAUUCAUCUAAAGAGUCAACAUCAGCACCUGCAACAGCACCAAUUUCAGCAAAAGCACCACCACCUGUGUCAGCACGAGUACCACUGCCAGUGUCAGCACAAGCAUCGCCACCAUUGUUAGCACAUGCACCACCACAACCACUGAAAACAGGACAGGAACCGAUAUUGCCUUCACCUUCACCUGCUGAUCAGAAGCUACAUGGAGCUCCAAUACACACUCAUCAUAGUUAUAGAGGAGGACGUGGAAGAGGAAGAGGAAAUGGGAUUUCACGAUCAGCAACAAGAUUUACAGAAGAAUUUGAUUUCAUGGCGAUGAAUGAGAAAUUUAACAAGGAUGAAGUUUGGGGUCAUCUUGGCAAAAGUAGCCGAGCUCCAGAAGAUGCUGAUGAUUUACAAAAUGAAGAUGGUAUUGGAUCCUCAAAAGUGGAGGCUAAGCCUGUAUAUGUCAAGGAUGAUUUUUUUGAUUCCUUGUCCUGUGAUUCUCUUGAUGGUGGCUCUCGUGAUGGGAGAGCUAGAUUUUCAGAGCAAAUGAAAAGAGAUACAGAGACCUUUGGCGAUUUCCCAAGGCAUCGUGGUGGUGGUAGAGGUGGUGGACGUUUUCAUGGUGGUCGAGCACGUGGUUCAUAUUAUGGAAGAGGCUAUUAUGGUGGUGGGAGGGGUAGGGGAUAUGGCAUGGCAAAUCGUACCACCUAGUUAGCGGCAGCCCAAAUUGAGCACAGUUAGAAGAUCAAACUGCUAGCAGAAAUGUAUGUGAUGUUCCCUUCAAAUUGAAGAUGUUUAUGAUGGCCUUUGAUUGUAUUCCUACAAUGGUUGCUGCUUUAGGAUUUGACUAUUGAGCUAUAGAAAUAAGCAAACCCCAGAAGACAAAAGUAUUUCCAUAUUUCCCUGCCGCACAAGGUUUUCUAUGGAUGUAAGAUAUUUAAAAUAUCUUUAAUUUAAUUUGGAUACAUAAACAUUUCCUUGAAAA